AUGACGUAUAAUGAAUCUUCUUUGGUCCGCGAACCAGAUGACACCUCUGGUCGCUCGCACUUCUCCGCAGUUGCUCUUUGCACCUUUCAUAUCCUAUCUGAUUUCCUAAUAAAAGUUGAAGUCAAAUUGCCAUUUAAAAGGAAUAGUAAAAGUAUAAUGGUUCUGCACGGACCAAUCCUAGUGAUCGUUUAUGACACUGAAGGAGUCAGCAUUGACAUGUUGGCUCAAAUGGACACCUUGGAGUCGAUUGUUCUAGCCGACAUAUCCUCGGGUGUUGAUAGGCAUGACGCUGGAGCAUUCUUGCUUGGCUCUCUUGGUGUUCCUAUCACCGUGGUAUCACCCAAGGCCGAUAUAGAUGCAACCGCAGACGCGCUUUUUACUUACAUUGCGCUCCUCAAUCAACCAGUAGUCGCGCCCCGAUACAAAACAAUGCCAGAGUCUGAAGCAACUCGCGACUCUCAAGCUGUCUAUCUUUGGAGAAACUGCCCUACUGAGGCUUCAACUGGACCUUCCUUCACUGGCCCGGUUACGUAUUCAUCCAGACUGCCACAGACAGGCGUGAGGAAGCAGCCCCUGUGGGAGACAGCAGAAAAACGUCAAAGUCUCGGUGAGAGAACUCUUGGUCUCGUGGGCUUAGGUGAGGACCUAUAA